UGGGAGAGGGGCAGCCAGACCGAGGCGAGGGCCAUUGGUUCGGAUGGGGAGAGGGGCGGGAUCAGGUGGGGAAGAGGCGGGUGGAGACGCCGGAGUAAGCCUAUGGGAUGUCUGAGGGGCGGGCCCGCAGACUCGGCCCGACCAAUGACGACUCUAGAUUGGGAUGCGGGGGGGUCAGGCCCCCGGGGUCUCGGAAGCGGAAAUGACGAGCCUUGCGGAAGGAAACAGGCCCGGGCCGUUGCCGAGGGGACGGACCCGGGCAGGUGCCAACAUGGCAGCGGAGGGUGCAGGCGGAGGGGACCCAGCAGUUGGGGCAGUGGCGGGGGCCGUCGGGCCCCCGGGUGGACACCACCAGCCUGGGCUUCCCGGCGCAAGUCACCACCGGUGGUUGAAGCAGGCGUCUUUGGCUGUACUGGUGGUGCAAAAUGCAUCCCUGAUCCUGAGCAUCCGCUACGCUCGGACCCUCCCCGGCGACCGCUUCUUCGCCACCACAGCCGUGGUCAUGGCUGAAGUGCUGAAGGGAGCCACCUGUCUCCUGCUGCUGUUCGCCCAGAAGAGGGGGAACGUGAAACAUUUCGUGCUGUUUCUGCACGAAGCCGUUCUGGUCCAGUAUGUGGACACGCUGAAGCUGGCAGUGCCCUCCCUCAUCUACACCCUUCAAAAUAACUUGCAGUACGUGGCCAUCUCCAACCUGCCAGCAGCCACCUUCCAGGUCACAUACCAGCUGAAAAUCCUUACCACAGCCCUGUUCUCAGUCCUCAUGCUCCGCCGGAGCCUGUCCCGCCUGCAGUGGGCCUCCCUGCUCCUGCUCUUCCUGGGUGUGGCCCUCGUCCAGGUCCAGCAGGCAGGUGGUAGCAAUGGGUCACCACGCCCAGGGGGCCAGAACCCUGGGGUGGGUCUGGCAGCUGUGGUGGCUUCAUGCCUGUCCUCAGGCUUUGCUGGUGUUUACUUUGAGAAGAUCCUGAAGGGUAGUUCAGGGUCUGUGUGGCUGAGGAACGUGCAACUGGGCCUCUUUGGAACUUUGCUGGGCCUGGCAGGGCUGUGGUGGGCAGAGGGUGGGGCUGUGGCCAGUCGAGGCUUCUUUUUUGGCUACACACCAGCCGUCUGGGGGGUGGUGCUGAACCAGGCCUUUGGAGGCCUGUUAGUUGCCGUGGUGGUGAAGUAUGCAGACAACAUCCUCAAGGGCUUUGCCACCUCCCUCUCCAUUGUCGUUUCCACAGCAGCCUCCAUCCGCCUGUUCGGCUUCCAGGUGGAUCUGCUCUUUGCACUUGGGGCUGGCCUGGUCAUCGGGGCCGUCUACCUCUACAGUCUGCCCCGAACUGCUGCCGUGGUCACUCCUCCUCUGAACACAGCGCCGCUGGCCAGUGGCCGCCAUGCGGACCCUGAGGAGGAGCCCUUCCUGCCCAAGCUGCUGGCCAAGGAGAAGGGGUCGUAGCCACCCCCCUUGUCUGAUGGGGGGACCGAAGAUGCCCAGCACCUCCCAUGUCUGCUCUGAGGAUACCCUGGUCCUGUGGCUUCCAUGUGGAACUGGAAGCAGCUUCUUCAGUAUUAAGGAGUUAAACAUCUCCUCUACCCCCUCACCCCUAACCACCUUGGGCUGCUGGAGAAUUUAAGGUCUCCCUCCCUAAUUCCCUAGGAUUAAUGAGACUGAUCGCUGACCUUCCCUUCACCCCCUCUACAAAAUAUUGAACCAAGUUCUGCAGGGAAGGAACGUUUCCUCUGAAAAUAAAUUUGUAACAGCUUC